UGUGUGUGUGUGGGUGAUCAUACAUAUAAAGGCUCAUGGAGAAGCUCAGACACACUCAGAGUUUGAUCAUGAUCCUGCUCGUGCUGCUUCUCGCCGCCGCUAGCAGUGGCCAUGCUCACAGCGUUCAGGGUGAGGAGAGAAAUGCCUCAUGUGUGUGUGAGGUGAACAGCUCGAUCUGGGCUUUUCCUGUUACCAAGUAUGACGUUGUGACACAAGUGCUGCAAAACUGCCAAGACUCACUGCAAAAACUCCAGACACAGACGGUGACAGGUGCGAAGACGGUGCCUGAGAUGGAGGCCACACUGAAUAAUGUGACAAAACGGCUGAAAAGGUUCCAGUACCUGAACAAUCAGGGCCUGUACAACGCGCUACACCUGAAACAGCUCAGCCAAGAGAUCCAGCAGCUACACGACACCAUGAAUAAUGUAGAUCUGGACAAACCUGGAGGGGAGGCACAGAGGAUAAGUACAGAGUUGCAAAAGUUUCAGGAAGAUGUGAACAAGAUGUACAGGAAAAAUGUCUUCAACUUAGAAACAAUGAGGGAGAAGCUGCGGUCCCUCAAUAACCGUGUCCAGAACUGCAGGACCAUUCCACAAGACUUCAGGAGCUCUUGUUAUGAUCGCAUGAUGAGAAAUAUCAGUGCUCCUGUGGUCAUUAAGAUGAACCCAUUCAGUUCGUCCUACAUCGCUGGAGCAUGGGGUCAUGACAUUGACACUGAUGGUGAAGAAACAUACUGGAUCCAGCCUCUAGCUAGUGGACACAGGUUGGGCAUCUCUCUGCGCUUCUACCAGACUUAUGAGGACUUCAUGGCUGAAAGGAACCACAGAGAUGAAUCGCUGGCUAACUCAUACACUCACGCUAAUGCGAUUCAGGGUCCAGGGACUAUAAUUUUCAAGGGUGUUGUGUAUUAUCAGUGCUAUAAUUUGCCCGAACUCUGUGCCUUUGAUUUGAAAACCAAGCAAGUCGAACGUCUCACACUUCCUGAUGCUGGGUUCAACAACAAAUUCCCCUACUGUUACUACAACUGCUUCGAUUGGACGGACAUCAACCUCUCAGUUGAUGACAAGGGCUUGUGGGUAAUGUACGCUACAGAAGCUAACCACGGGAACAUGGUCGUGAGUCGAGUGGACAUCGAAGGCUUCAAUGUGACACACACGUGGAAGACACGCCUGUUCAAGCGCUCUGUGACCAACACCUUCAUAGUGUGUGGGGUGCUUUACGCAACUCGCUACAUAAACACCUACAAAGAGGAAGUGUUCUACGCCUUCGACACGACCACAGGGAUGGAGGACAACAUGCUCUCGAUCCCUAUGGAGAAGGUGGCAGCGGGCAUCGCCAACCUUCACUACAAUCCCACAGACAUGAGGCUCUACAUGUACAAUGGUGGCUACAUGCUCGCAUACCAAGCUUACUUCUGAAAAGCUAGAUUUGAAUAUGCAUUCAAUUCCCUGUACCAUAACCUUAUACUAUAAUAUACCAUAUACCAUAUUCUUCUUUAAUUGAUCUAGUCUCUUUCAUUGUAGUAGCCAGCCAUUUUUUUCUCAUUUGCACCUCUAAUAAGACAAAAAUCUAACAUGUUUCAAAUUGAUAUCUAUUGUAUGAACUUAUGUCAACUCAGAGUAUGCUCAAAGUAAUGCUUCAUUAAAGAGAAAUAAAUCUUUCAUGUCGACAGAU